GGGGCAAUCAGUGAUCUGUUGAAGCUAAUAGCAGUGAUAGCGCAUCGGUUGCAGCUAUGAUCGUGCCAUCCACCCGCGAAGUUGGUAGCUUUAACCUACAAAAAUGUGCUCGGAAAUAUCUUCAUUUAUAUCGCCACGAUUAUUGCGGUGCGGAACAAACAGUGUCUCUAAAAUUUCUUUUCGUUGCAAGUUGACAUCCAACUAUUCUAAUCCCACAGCGACGGUCAGGUCCAUUUGCACACCUCCAAGGGUUCAGUCAACUUGGAAGUGGAGGUCCUCACCUCGAUGCCUCAUAGAAGAUAACCCUAAGGAUGAGGCGGGAUCUCCGGAUGGGAGACACAGAGGCAGCGACGAAGAUAUCCUAUCCUGCAGGGAUGGAGGUGACCAGGGACUACAUUGCCCCGGCCGAUCGCGACUCCCCUCUGUGGACACACCCUUGCGCAAACCGUGGCUCGAUGAUGGCGUCCCGGCGUCCGCGGUCACCUCCGUCGUCGGCAAAGGCGGCUUCGGCACCGUCGUUAAGGCCCUUUACAAAGGUCAAGAAGUAGCCGUGAAAGUUGUGAGAAAGCACAGGCGAGCAUCGCUCAAGUCUCUGGAUAACGAAGAGAACGCUCUCUCGUUGAAUCACCCAAAUCUAGUCAGUAUUUGUCGGGUGGUGAACGAGGAUCGUCACGAUUUCGGACUAGUGCUCAUGGAAAUAUGCCCCAACUUAACCCUCCAACAAAUCAUUGAUGACCCCUCCUUCACGAUAUGUCCGGAAAUAAGACUCAGAUACUUGAUCGACAUCAGUGAAGCUUUAUCGUAUUGUCACAGGCAAGGGAUUAUCCACUUGGACGUGAAACCUCGUAACGUCCUUGUCCUUUUAAAAUCGAAUCGAUCGAAGUUGUGUGAUUUUGGAAUGUCAAGAAAAAUCGAUUCAAAGUUCGACUCAAACUCGGAAUAUUUCGUGGUGUCUCAAGAUUUAAGACCUCCUCCAAGGAAUACAACCCAGUUCGAUCUUGAGUACUCGAGCAUCUAUCAGAAUUGUUGGUGUGCUCACCCUUCAAAACGGCCGACAAUUAACUAUAUACUUUCAAAAUUGAAUGAAAUUUUUCAACAAUUCGAAUAAUAAAUUAAUACCAUGUGUUUCUGAAGUUUAAAAGUUGAUCGCUUGAAAAUAAUGUUUCUGCGAUUAUAGGGUUUUUGAUUUUUAAUUAGUUAGGAAAUGAAACUGUAUAAUUUGUUCAUAAAAUUUUAUUUAAAAAUAAAAAAAUUGGGUAACUUAA